AUGUCGUCGUCCGCCUACACCUACAACAACGCCCUCCUUGCCCCCUUCCUUGCGCUCGACCAGGGCGACAAGAUCCAGGCUGAGUACGUCUGGAUCGACGGCGAUGGCGGUUUGCGUUCCAAGACGACGACUGUCAACAAGGGCGACGCGACUUUCGAGAAGCUCCGCAUCUGGGACUUUGACGGCUCGUCGACAAACCAGGCUCCCGGCCACGACUCAGACGUCUACCUUCGCCCUGCGGCGAUCUUCAAGGACCCCUUCCGUGGCGGCGACAACAUUCUCGUCCUCGCCGAGACGUAUAACAGCGAUGGAACCCCCAACAUGACCAACUUCCGCCACCACGCCAAGAAGGUCAUGGACCUCGCCAAGGAGACCAUUCCCUGGUUCGGUAUCGAGCAAGAGUACACCCUCUUCGACGCUGAUGGCUCUCCCUUUGGCUGGCCCAAGGGCGGUUUCCCUGGCCCUCAGGGUCCCUACUACUGUGGUGCCGGCACUGGCAAGGUUUUCGGUCGCGACAUCAUUGAGGCCCACUACCGUGCAUGCCUGUACUCCGGCGUCAACAUAUCUGGCAUCAACGCUGAGGUCAUGCCCUCUCAGUGGGAGUUCCAGGUCGGCCCGUGCGAGGGUAUCAGCAUGGGUGACCACCUCUGGAUGGCGCGCUUCUUGCUCGUACGCAUCUGCGAGCAGUGGGGUGUCAAGGUAUCUUUCCACCCCAAGCCGCUCCAGGGUGACUGGAACGGCGCUGGCUGCCACACCAACUACUCGACCAAGGCUAUGCGUGAGGAGGGUGGCAUGAAGCACAUCGAGGCUGCCAUCGAGAAGCUCUCCAAGCGUCAUGCCGAGCACAUCGCUGUCUACGGCGAGGACAACGACCUCCGUCUCACUGGUCGCCAUGAGACCGGCCACAUCGGCACGUUCUCCUCGGGCCUUGCCAAUCGUGGUGCAUCCAUCCGCAUCCCCCGCCACGUCGGCGCCAAGGGAUACGGCUAUCUCGAGGACCGCCGCCCUGCAUCCAACAUCGACCCCUACCGCGUCACCGCCAUUAUCGUCGAGACGACCGUCCUCGAUAAGUAG